AUGAGAAUUGAUGAUUUGAAGAUUAACAACAUUAGGGAAAAAUAUGAGAGUAUGACUAAUAAUAGACUUCAAAAUUUAAAUUUGGAAGGAAAUGUGGAAGAACUUUGGGAGAAUAUGAAAGGGGAAAUUAAAGAAAGUGCUUACCAGGUUUUGGGAGAGGAGAGAAGAAAAGCAAGAAGACCUUGGAUUACUGAAGAAGUGUUGGAGAAAAUGGAUGAAAGGAAAAGAUGGAAAAGCGCAAAUACAUUAGAUGCUAAAGAAAAAUAUAGAACAAUCGAUAAACAAGUGAAAAGUAUGGCAACGAAAGCUAAGGAAGAAUGGCUAGACAGAAUCUGUCAUGAAUUAGAAGAACAUGAAUUGUCUCAAGAGCUGAGAAAGGUCUAUCAAAACAUUAAUUUUAUCUCAGGAAAGAAAAGAAGAGUGAAAAUUGGGGCAAUAAAGGAUGAGAAUGGAGAAAUUUUAAUGCAGAAGGAAAGGCAAUUAGUAAGAUGGAAUGAAUAUUUGACAAAACUUUAUAAAAUAGAGGAUAACAUGGAAUGUGAACUGGAAGAAGAAUAUGACGAUGAUGAAACUCCUAAAUUUCUGGAGGAUGAAGUUGAGGCAGCCUUGAAAAAAUUGAAUAGGAAAACACCUGGAAUUGAUGGCUUGCAUGGGGCUUAA